AUGACUUACAGUUAUCGAGAUAUCGCCACAAUUAGUCGAGGCGGCGGUGUUCAAAGAUGGAAUACUCCACCCGAUGUUUUCAACAUUGGUUGCUUCUUUGCUAAAUCGUUCUCCAACCCAUCAGUAUUGCCGAAUGCUGUACGGGUAUCUGCUGGCUCUCCUGAACCGAAUCAUCCGAGUUCAGCUGUUGUUAACGAUCUUUUGGAUUUUUCUUCUACUGCUAGCUCUAAUACUCAGGUCAAUGGAAAUAAUUCGUUAGUUGGAGAUUUCGGCUCUUUGUCGCUGGCACCUCAACAGGAAGCACCUUCAAAUCAGAACGCGGAAGUCGAUGAUAUGUUUGGAUCCUUCGCUGCUGCACCGGCCAUCGACCCAGUAAUUCCUACCGCGCCGCCUCAGCAAGCGUCACCUGUUGAUAAGGCGGCGCAGCCUGCUACAUCUUCUCAAGGAUCUGCUGAUCUAAUGUCAUUGUCUGGCGGAGGAGCGGCCGGUGGUGACAAGAAGUCCACUGCGGAUAUUCUCUCUCUUUUUGGAGACCAGUCAAAAGGUCCGACACAUCCGAUCGUUCCUGUUGGUGGCUUUGCUGCAUUUGGCUUACAGGCGGCACCUCAACAAUCAAUACCGGCUGUGCCCAACAUGGCUGCGGCACCCAAGGUUGCUGAGAACAAAGGCUACCCUGUAGCCCCAGCAAUGAUGGGCAUGGGAUUUGUUAGCCCAAUGGUUCAAAUGCCGAACCCAAUGCCUCAAAUGCCGAACCCAAUGCCUCAAAUGCCGAAUGCAAUGCCUCAAAUGCCAUACGGAAUGAGUCAACAAGGAUUUCCAAACCCUUUCGAACAACCAUCUGGAGGAGCAGCUCUGCAGGGCAUGCAGUUUGCUCCAACAGUUGCAGCUUCAAGCUUGAGUGCACAUCCGCAGUCACCAACCGCCUGUUCAACUCGUGCCAAUAACGCGUUUGCUGAUUUAUCCAUUGGGAAGGUUCUAAAUAUGAACUACUUGAGUAAACCAGUAGUUCCUGCUACAACUGCUCAACCGCAAGCAACGACUACCCCUGCUAAUAUGAAUUUCGAUGAUUUGCUUGGAUUGUGA